AUGGCGCCUCAUCCUUUGGGUUCACCCACGGUCCAAGUGACCCGUGAGAUGAAGCAGCCCUUCCCCAGAGCCUCAGACCACCAAGUGACCUGCGCCGUAUCCGCCCCGCCCAGCCCCGCGCUCACUCCCAGGGACUGCGCGGAGGCAGAAGCGGGUGGCUGCCGAGGGCCCCCGAGAAAGCUCCGAGCGCGACGCGGGGGGCGCAGCAGGCCCAAGAACGAGUUGGCAUUGAGCAAGCAAAGACGGAGUCGGCGCAAAAAGGCUAACGACCGCGAACGCAAUCGAAUGCACAACCUCAACUCAGCUCUGGACGCGCUGCGCGGCGUCCUUCCCACCUUCCCGGAUGAUGCGAAGCUCACCAAGAUUGAGACGCUGCGUUUUGCUCACAACUACAUCUGGGCGCUGACUCAGACGCUGCGCAUAGCAGACCACAGCUUCUACGGGCUGGAACCGCCAGCGCUGUCCUACGGGGAGCUGGGCAGCCCAGACGGCGGUUCCGCCGGGGACUGGGGCUCCCUUUAUUCUCCGGCCUCCCAGGCUGGCAGCCUGAGCCCCGCCGCCUCGCUAGAGGAGCGCCCCGGGCUACGUGUGGCCGCUUCCCCUGCCUGCCAGUGCCCGGGUGCUCAGGCUUUUGCAGACUUUCUGUGA